UUCAAAAUUGCGGGCUGCCUGAAAAUGAGACGCACGGAUCAGAGAAUGUCUCCCUUCUCCUGUUGACUCCAGGAUAAGGUUUUAGACGUGAUUUUGAUUUGUUAUUGUCCCACUCGGAUACGAUGGCACAUCUGUGGAUCCAUUUAGAGGCUUAACCCACAGCGUCAGGCGCGUCUGCGGCUGGAGAGCGCAGUGGAGGGACCGGGAAAACUUGCGUGGCGCAGACGGGUCUCUCCCACUCUCUCUCUUCUCGAUGUCCCCGCUGAGAGCCAUGGUGAGCCCGCUCGUGCUGGUGCUCAGCUGGGCCGUGAUCUCCGGAGCUCAGAACGACACGGAGCCCAUCGUCCUGGAGGGCAAGUGCCUGGUGGUGUGCGACUCCAACCCGGCCACGGACUGGAAGGCUUCGUCCUCUCCGCUCGGCAUCUCGGUGCGCGCAUCCAACUCCAAGGUGGCUUUCUCCGCAGUCCGGAGCAACAACCACGAGCCUUCGGAGAUGAGCAACAAAACAAGAAUAAUCUACUUCGACCAGAUUCUGGUGAAUAUAGGAAACUACUUCACAUUUGAGUCUGUGUUUUUGUCGCCAAGGAAAGGAAUCUACAGUUUUAACUUCCACGUCAUUAAAGUGUACCAGAGUCAAACCAUACAGGUGAACCUGAUGCUGAAUGGGAAACCGGUCAUCUCUGCCUUUGCGGGCGACAAAGAUGUGACUCGUGAGGCGGCCACCAACGGAGUUCUGCUUUAUCUAGAAAAGGAGGACAAGGUCUACCUGAAGCUGGAGAAGGGGAACCUCGUUGGUGGAUGGCAGUACUCGACAUUUUCUGGCUUCCUCGUGUUCCCCCUGUAAAGAAGAGAAGAUUGUAAACUCACAGACUUCUUCAUAACGUGUCGUCACCGUAUAAUCAAAACAUCGCCGCUGCAUCGGUCGGAUCUUUCCGAGUGGUUGAAAAAUGAUAGAUGGAAAUGGAUAACAUCAGAGGGGGGGGGGGGGAUAAGACUUUGGGAAAUCGUUGAGUGCUGAGUCCCUGUCCACAUGAAGGAGACUUCAAAUGUUCCCAAUCCCCACUUUAUGCUCCUGUCACUCAAGGAGCCUCGGAGAGGAACUCUAAUUCAUCCCAGAAGUACUUUUCAAACUCGUCGGAAUACGUUUAGCAUACUGAUAUCCUUUCGGGUUUAAAUUGUAUAUACCUACUUACUGUAUAUACAUCACCAACGUUUUCAGAGUGCUGCGUGUUUUGGCGGUGGGCUCAAGGCAGAGGGCUGACAUUGGUGUGGUCCCUGAUAACCAAGAGAGGUAAUGUGGUUUAAAAAGUGUGAUCAGUGAUGGAAGGAUUACUGAAGGACUGCAGAGAUUCACCACAGCCGCAAAAGAGACGUCAAAUAACUAAGAAAUGCAGAGGAACAACAAAGAGACGGCAAGUAACUGCAAAAAGACAAAGAGCCCCCGGAGGAGAGAUUCAUCAGGUCACAACGAGAAACUAAAUGUCUACAGAAGCUGUGUCCCGAUUCAGGGGCAGCCUCCUUUGGAGGACGUGGUCCUGAAGGUGUCUGUCUCGUGACAGAGACGGGUCUUGUCCAGCAGAGGAUUCAAUGAUAGGCGUCAUCAGCUCGUCCGGCCCUCGUUGCUAUCGCCUAGCAACAGAGCUAUGGUUGUGUUUUAAACCUGUGUACUGUUCAGUUGAAGCACGAUGCUCCAAGCGGUGGACGUUUCAUCGCUCGGCGCCAAAACGGUUUGUCACAGAAGUGCAAUGAAUCCUGGGAUAGGUUGGGCUGGGAAGGAGUCGCCUGAUGUUGGGGACUUUUAAAAACUGGCAGAGACGCUAAAGAGACGCCAAAAUGACCACAAAGACAGAACAAGCUGGUUUUUUUAGGGGACGAAGACACGGAGCUGCCGUAAAAUCACCGAGAGAUUUAAAAAAAAACAACUUUGUGGCCAUUUUGAGUGUCUUUCAGUGUCUCGCUCCCGCGUUGAGGUCGGGGGCCUCGUACAUGAAUGUGAAGGGACCCAUUGUGACUCUUUUACUCUCACUGCUGAUAUUUAAUUUUGCUUUUUGACGGAUUGCACUGGUGAGUUCAUUAACCCGUCCACCGUGUCUCCUUGACGUGAUGAUGAACCCGCGGCUGUGCGGUUCCUCUUAGCUUGAUGAUUUUAGUGUCUUUCGGCUCGUUGUUUUGGUUUCAUGGCCUGUAACUCUUUUACUCACGCUGCUCUGAUCAGAAGCAAACAGCACAACGUCAGUGACCGGCUGGUGAACGGAGUGAACGCACCAGCAGCUAGUAAACAGAUAUAUUCCCUCACAUGCUGGUGGAGACCAAAACCAGAGCUGAAAGCAGAGCGAAUGCCUGACCUACGUUCAACGGUUUCAACCAGAAACAAAUGUGAAUAUUGCUCCGUAGCUGCUGGACGUGUAAAUACGCGACUGUUUCUCCUAAAUCUACUCAAAAGGUUCCUCAGUAUAUUUCAGUGUUGUGUUUGCAGCAUGUUUCCGCUGCAGAGGCCAGAAAAGUCGUU